AUGGCGCCGCGGAUGAGCACGGCCGAUGUCCUGCACGCGCUCCGCUCCGGCGCCCGGUUUGUUCCGUCGCACGAGGAGGCGAUCAGCAUCUACCUCCGGGGCCAUCUCCUCCGCGAGCCGCUCCCGGACACGGCCGCGGUCAUCUCCGAGGUGCAAGUGUACGAUUUCGAGCCCAAGGAUCUGGCGAAGAGGUACACCCGGCUUCCCAGGACCCACAACCGCUUCUUCUUCACCACCGUCAAGCGGCAGAAGGCCGGGAAUGGGUUCAGGAUGUCGCGCGCCGCCGGCCCCGGCAGCUGGGUCGGCACCGAGAAGAAGGACAUCAAGAACCGCGCCGGCGUGAUCAUCGGCUCCCACGAGACGCUCAAGUACGUGUACAAGAACAAGAGCCGCAAGACGGAUUGGCGGAUGGAUGAGUACCACUGCUCCGGCCUGGACGACUCUGCCGUCGUCGACGCCGAAGGGAGGGAGCGCGUCUUCUGCAGGCUCUACGUCCCUCUCAAUUCCAAGAACCCCGUCACGCUCCAGGAAUCUUUAGCAGGGGAUGAUCUUCCUCUUCAACCUGACGACACCGCCGCGGCCGCCGACCAGCACCAACAAGAAGCCGCCGCUGCCAUGGCCGUUCAGCACCAGCAGCAGCAGCUGCGUCGACAAGGACCCGCCAAUGCCAUGGCCGUUCAGCAGCAGCUGCUGCUGCAUCGACAAGGACCAGCCAAUGGCAUGGCCGUGCAGCAGCAGCAGCUACGUCGACAAGAAUUCGCCACUGCUAUGGCCCUUCAGCAGCAGCAGCAGCCGCGUCGACAAGAACAAGCGGCGCCUGCGCUUUCAAAGAUCAUGCAGCCGCAGUCGAUCAAGAAGCGACCGCUCCCGGGUGCCCUUGAUCUUUCCUCGCGACCACGGCAGCCUGGCGUCACCAACACGCAGCACGUUGUCGAGCCACAGCCGCCCAAGCGGAUGCGCGGCAUGCGCCCAACACCGGCACCUCUGGAGGUGCCAGUGCCACCGGUACGUCCACAGUGUCCUGCUCCGGCGAUGCCUCAGCGACAGGCUAGUCCUCGCAUAUCACCUCGUUCGCAGCCGGUCGCACCUUCUCCCCGGCCUGCGGCUAAAGCGCCGGCCAACGUCAUGGACGACGACGACGACGAGUUCGGGAGAUCGUUGGAGGAUUAUCUUCUGAAAAGCCCGACAGAGGAGGACAACGGCAUGAUCCAAGAAGAAACCGGCAACAACGACAAGCUCGCAACAUUGGCCGAGCCUGAAAUGGCGUCGGACGGUAGCCACCCCAUCAUCCAAGAAGAAGCCAGCAACGACGACGACGACGACUUGACGAGUUGGGCGGACAGGUUGGAUGCAGACCUAGAGAAGGUGUCAGCACUCUCAGCAGUGAAGGAACACGGAGGCAAGAUGCAAGAAGAAGGCCAGAUGGAGGCCGAGCUCGAAGAGGUGCCAGCGGUGAAGGAACACGGAGGCAAGAUCCAAGAAGGUGCGAGCUCGCUGGAAGGCUUUGUGGCUGAUGAGAGAGGAGACGACGUGAUAGCACAGGAUGCGUGGGAUACGCUCGGCAACGACUUCGACGGAGCUGGAGACAUCGAUUACUCCCUGCCUCUUUCAGCCUACGAUAUCCAAUUCUAG